AUGGAGACCUUAAUAUCAGAACAAGAAGUUACUUUAGAACUUAUUAAAAAAAUUGGAGUAAAUUUCAGAAAAUCCUCUAAGUCAAGAUUGAAAGUUGCUACAAUCCAAGUGAAAGUUGAGACAUUAAAUGAGUAUUGGACGAAAUUCAGAACAACACAUUUUUCUAUAGUGCAAAUAGCUACUUCUGAGCAAAAAUUAAAGCAUAAAUAUUUCGCUAUAGACAUGUUUGGCAUAGGAGAAGAGGAAUAUAUCAACACAAAAUCAGACAUGUUAGAGAAAAUAGAGGAGUUAAGUGAGAAAGCACCUGAGUCAUUAGAGAAAAAUAUAACACAUAACCAAACACAGGAAGUCAAGCUACCAAAAAUUAAUAUACCCCAAUUUUCUGGAAAUUAUCAUGACUGGAGUACAUUUAGAGAUUUGUAUACAAGACUUAUACAUAACAAUCAUUCUUUAUCCAAAGUUCAAAAGCUACAUUAUUUAAAAUCAAGUAUAACCGGUGAGGCAGAGCAAUUAUUAAGACAAAUACAAAUCACGGAAAGAAAUUACGAUGUUGCAUGGGAGACUUUAAAUAACAGAUAUAAUAAUCGAAGAAUAAUUGUUCAAACUAUACUAAAUCGACUUUUUAACCAAAGAAAACUAUCCCAAAGUACAGCCAAAGGAAUCAAAGAUUUAUUGGAUACGACAGUCGAAUGUCUUAACAGUUUAAAGAACAAUGAUGUGGAAACCACAAACUGGGACAUCAUAGUUAUCCAUUUGAUAGUCAAUAAGCUAGACGAUGAAUCACAUAAGCAAUGGGAAGAAGAUGUUGGAGAGUUACCCAUAGAUAUCUUACCCACUUUUGAGAGAUUUACGAAAUUCCUAGAGACAAGAUUUAGAGUCUAUGAAAUGAUGUGUACUACUUCAGUUAAUGUGUCAAGAGAGAGAAACGCUUCAAAAACAAAAUCAUUUAUUACAACUAAUAAUACUCAACAUUGUCCAUUUUGCAAACAAGAUCACCGCUUAUCAGCAUGUACAGAAUUUGCGAAAUUAGAUGUGAAUAAACGAAUUGAACAUAUACAGAACGAGAGAUUAUGUUUUAAUUGUCUAUCACCGAGUCACAGUGUCAUACAUUGUAGAUCCAAGGCGUCCUGUCAUGAGUGCAGAAAGAGACAUCAUACAUUAAUUCAUCUAACCAGAACAGAAAGAGAGAGUGAGCCUAACAGGUCUGAAAAUACAACAAUAGAGACUCCAACUACAUCUGAAUCGAGAGUUAUUCGAUCACAUCUUACAGUACAAGGAAAAACUGCAUUAUUAGCAACUGCACUGGUUAACAUCGAAACUAGUAAAGGGCCUCAAACCUUAAGAGCUCUUAUAGAUCCAUGUUCACAAGAGUCCUUUGUAAAUGAAAUAACUGUGAAACGUUUACAAUUACGCAGAAGAAUAGUGGAAGGCGAGGUGAGUGGUGUAGAUCAGAUGACAUCAAAAAUCAAAUAUGCUACUGAGUUGGAGAUCACUUCGAGACUUACAAAUGCAUUCAAAAUUAACUGUACAGCAUUUGUAGUAAAACAAAUCACAGACUUUUUACCCACUUCAAGAGUCAAAAAUGAAUCAUUCUCUCACAUCCAACAUUUAACUUUGGCAGAUCCAACAUACAUGGAGCCAGGUACCAUAGAUUUACUUUUAGGAGUUAAUGUAUUUACUGAAAUAAUAAUGAGUGGAGUAAUUAAAGGAAGUGAAGGGUCACCAAUUGCCCAACAAACACAGUUUGGUUGGAUAAUAUCUGGAGGAGGUAUAAAAGAAAAUAUAACAAGAGGAAUAGUAAGCAUGCACUUAAACGUAAAACUAGAGAAAAUGUUAGAGAAAUUUUGGGAAGACGAGAAUGUGGAGAUUAGAACUAACACAUCUUAUACAGUAGAAGAGUUACGAGCUGAGCAAAUUUACGAGAAUACUACAAUACGAGAACCUAAUGGAAGAUACGUCGUCGCACUUCCGUUUAAGCACGACGAACCUAACCUACCUACACAUACUUAUGAGAGAGCACUAGACAGAUUCAAGAGAUUAGAGAAAAAACUAUCACAAGAUGAGAAACUGAGUCACGAGUAUAAUAAAGUCAUGAGAGAGUAUCUUACUUUAAACCACAUGGAGCCGGUAAAAGAGAGAACGAGAAACGAGAGAGCCAUAUACCUACCGCACCAUGCAGUAUUGAGAGAAGAUAAAAUUACGACAAAAGUUAGAGUUGUGUUUGAUGCUUCGAGUAAAGGAAGCAACAAUAUUUCACUUAAUGAUGAGUUAUUAAUUGGUCCACCCCUUCAAGAAGAAUUACGUAGUAUUUUGAUGAGAUGGAGAAUACAUAAAAUAUGUUUUACAGCGGACAUAAUCAAAAUGUACCGACAAAUAAGACUGAGAAAGGAAGAUACAGAUUAUCACAGAAUAUUAUGGCGUUUUAGUGAUGAAGAAGAAAUACAAGAUUAUAGAUUGCUAACAGUCACAUUUGGCACAGCAUGCGCGCCAUACCUUGCAAUAAAAACACUUAAACAAGUAGCGAUAGACGGAAACAAGGAUGAGUCAUUACAAGAGGCACAGAGAGCCAUUCUAAACGAUUUUUUCGUCGAUGACAUUUUAUCAGGAAGUUACGAUAUAGAAACUGCAAUCGACAUUCAAAGUAAAGUAACAAAAAUACUACAAUCAGGAGGUUUUGAGCUACAAAAAUGGAAUUCUAAUAGUAAACAAUUUAUGGAAGAGAUAGAGAAUAGUAAAAGAGCAUCAAAAAAUGAGAUAGAGCCAAACAUAAAAGAUACAACAAAAACGUUAGGUAUUAACUGGAAUACACUAACUGACAAGUUACAAAUAACAAAUACAGUCCACAAUUCGAAAAUACUACUUGAACGAACUAUAACUAAGAGAAAGGUACUUACCGUAAUAGCUUCGCUAUUCGAUCCUAUGGGUUGGCUAGCACCGAGUAUUAUUGUUGCAAAAAUCUUCAUGCAAAAACUGUGGGCAGCAAAGAUUGCAUGGGAUGAUGAGCUACCAGCCUCACUACGCAAUGAAUGGUGCAAAUACAAUUCUCAGUUAAACAAACUUUUUGAAAUAAAUGUAGAUAGAUGGAUGGGUACCUCGAAUACACAUCGUAGAUUUGAGUUGCAUGGUUUUUCAGACGCUUCAGCAGCAGCAUAUGCCGCAGUGGUUUAUGCUAGAGUUGUGCAAUCCAAUGAUGAGAUCAAGGUUUCGUUGAUAAUAUCAAAAACAAAGGUAGCACCUUUAAAACAAGUAGCGCUCCCACGUUUAGAAUUAUGUGCUGCUCUUCUGCUGACAAAACUUUUAAAGCAUGUCGCGACCGCAUUGAGAGUUGAUGAGACACAUACUUACGCUUGGUCCGACUCACAAGUAGCUCUAUGUUGGAUAAACGGCGAUCCCAAUAGAUGGAAACCAUAUGUAAAAAACAGAGUGAUUGAAAUAUCAAAUACUUUCAAACCAAAUUGGUCUUACAUACCUACAAAAGAGAAUCCUGCUGACCCAGCAUCACGAGGAGUAGCGCCUGAAAAAUUAAAAUCCCAUGAGUUGUGGUGGCAAGGUCCAUUAUUUCUAAAAGAUAAAUACAUAAAAAGACUUACCUGUGAAGUACCAACUACAUUGGAGCUAAAAGAAACAGUUUCUUGUAUGACAGUUAAGUCGCAAGAGUCAGAAGAUGUGGAAAUACUUACCUUAUUAACUAAAUAUUCUUCUUUGAGAAAACUAAUAACGGUGAUAGCAUACUGUAGACGAUGGCUGCACCUGAAAAAUAAAGACAAGGUUAAUACAUCAUUUAUAAAUUUUGAGGAAAGAGAAGAAGCACUUACCGUUUGUUUAAAGUUAUCACAAGGCAUAGAGUUCAGAGAUGAAAUUGAGAAUUUGAAAAGGGACUUACCUCUACAAAAGAAAAGUCGUUUGUUAUCAUUAAAACCGUUCUUGGAUGAGAACGAAGUGUUAAGAGUCGGAGGUCGCCUAAAGCACGCUCACAUUCAGUAUCAGAGUAAACAUCCUGUAAUUAUAUCAAAAACUAAUGUACUCUUACCAUUAUUGUUAGCAGAUGCCCAUUACCUGAUGUUUAAAGGACUAUCGUCCUUUCCGGGGGGAGUGUGUUAG